AUGGAUGAUGACGAUUACUGGAAUACUAGUGAAACAAAGGCUAAGGCAUUCAGUUUUGAUGAUGAUGUAUUGUCACCACAAGAGAUUUUGGCCAUAGGUCAAAGAUCUUACUCUGGCUCAAAGGAAGAAGGAGUCCUCAGUUCUAACAUUAGUAGUGUCAAACCAGCACACAUUCCACUGUCCAGUCUGGUGUCACCUAAGAUUCUAGAUCUCAUGGUUCUCGCUCAAUCCGGCAAUGACCCUGCAAAGGAAACAAAACAAGAACCAGAAGAAACUGUAGCAAUCACGUUGAAGAGGCUUGUCCUUGGCCGUAGAUGUUCACUACAUGUACAUCGCAGUUUGAAAAGCAAGACUGAGUUAUUAGAUGGCGCCAUUGCCAUUGGCGAUGGAAACGCAAUACUUACUGUAGUGUUAUUUCUCAUACAAACUCUGAACAGAAAAGUCGUUUACGAAUUACUUUCAUCCCGGCCUGCAGCCCUCGGCCAUUACAUAAGCACCCUUCAAUCUGAAGGCAAAAUAUCUGAACUAACAGAUUUUCUUACAAUGCUGGGAAGGAGUCCUGAUUCAGCCAUUUAUCAAUUCCAACACGCUGUAAAGAACCAAGGCAAUAAUUUGGAGAGCUUGCUACGCAAAAUGUCCAACUUGUUGGCCAAUCAUUUCAACCAACCUGGAGUAGAUGCCCACCAGACGAAGAUGGUCGCUGACUACGUCAAAUUGUUGGAAUGGCAGAAUUUCGCAAAGAAGACUGAAUUAAAUAACAAAUCAGCAUUGCAGUGUUUGGCGUACUGUUGCAGUUUCCACUGGACGGAAGGCGCGGGGAAUAUGAUGUCACCACUUACACUCUGUCAAAGACAACAGAUCAGUCCGCUUCAAUACGACUGGGUUGUGUUGAACGUACACGCGAAUUCCAAUAAAUGGGAUAUAGUCGAAUCACUGUUUACAAAAAAGGACUGGUUCGGUCGUACUACUGUGUCGUCCCACAUACCAAUAGAGACGCUGCUCUCACGGCUCAGCGAACUAAAGGCGAGCGAACGUAUGCUCGCCUCUUGUGUAAACAAAAUUGCCGGCACUGAAGAUAGGCUGAGACUGGCGCAGAAGUAUAAGAUACACUCGGUGGUGAUAGAAACCUUGGCUAAACAAAAGGACAGAGCGGCCCUCACUAAUUAUAAGAUGACCCUGAACCCACAGUCCGAGGAAUAUAUUUACGCUGAGAACACAUUAAGGGAUAGCUCAAUUAAAUGGAAAAAUUAA